CAGUGCCGGCCGCGCGACCUUCAAGCGCGUCGCGACUCCUUCGUCGAUAGUAGGUCCGUCCCGGAGGACGCCUUCAAGCGCCGCGUGAACCCUCCGCCGCGCCCCCACCAUAACCGACCAGCGGCGCCCCGGAAAACCCGCCCUCCGCCGACACUUUUCAUUCAUCCGUCGCGUCGAACGACUGCGCGGCAUCGAUGGGGCAGAAACAGAAGAUCCGGGAGGCCAAGAAGGCUUCCGGCGACCUCAAGGUGGACAAGACCACGCGCGCCGGGUACGACCGCAACAACGUCGCCGAGGUGAUCAAGCGUCUGAAGCAGAUGGCGAAGGAGGACACCGACAGGUUCGAUAAGAUGGACCUCGCCGAGACCCUCGAGCGGCUGGAGCAGAGCGAGCGGGUGGCCGCGACGAUUGGCGCCGCGUACGACGUGGAGAUGGCUCGCAAACGCGCGCUGCUGCGAUGCUUCGUGGAGCACGGCAUAACCCCGCCGGCGCCGGAGACGCGCGAGAGCGCCGCGGGGUUCAACGAGGGCGUGCUGGUGAACCCGUCAAACGCAACCGCGUCAGUCGCCGCCCCCGACGCAACUGCCACUGACGCAACCACGGAGGUAUCGGAGGUAUCGGUGGACGACGCGAAGAGGCAGCUCGCGUACAGCCAGUUCGAGGCCAGGCGGAAGCUCGCGGUGGCCAAAGAGACCCGGGAGCACAACGACGCGAUGGUGAGGGAGUUACGGGAGCGGGGAUUGGAAGCGCCAGAGACGGGGGCGUCAACCGCGACGGGGGCGGACUGACGAGUGAGUGCGUUUAAUACGAUAUCAUAUCACGUCU